GCACACCCAGGCCCUCCACCGAUGCCCAGGACGUCAUCGUCACAGGCUCCUUCGACGGGUGGUCGAGCUCGACCCACCUCGCCAAAACGCCCGCGGGCUUCGAGGGCACCGCCCGCGUGCCCUUCGGCACCAAGGUCGCGUACAAGUACGUCGUCGACGGCCGCUGGACCACCGCGGACGGCCAGCCCACCGAGCUCGACCCCAUCGGCAACCUCAACAACGUCUACACCGCCCCGCCCGCGCCCGCGCCGGAACCCACACCCGCAGCGGGCGUCGUGGCCACGGUAAAAGACACGGUCGCGGGCCUCGCGCAGACGGCAACCGCCAUGGUCGAGGCGAUGGCGCCCUCCGUCGAGAGCCCGGCCCUCCCCACAGAGCCAGAGCCAGAGCCGGCAGCAGAACCGGCCCCCGCACCAGCCGACCCUGCCCCUGCCCCUGCCCCUGCACCCGAGCUGUCCCCGACGAGCGAGCCGUUCACGCCAGGGACCGUCCUCCCGGCCUCCGAGCUCGCCGCGCCGCACCUCGCGCCCGACGUCCCCAUGCACAUCCUCCCGCUCGAGCCGGAGCCCCUCAAGCCGACGGUCGUCGAGGGCUCCGCGCCCGCGCCCGCGGUCAACGGGAACGGGCACGCUAACGGGCACGGAGCCGGGGAGAACGCGCCGUCGACGCACGAGGCGGCGGGGGCGCCGUCGUGGGCGAGGCGAAGCGGGAGGGGCGAUGGAGGGCGAGGGCGAGGCGGCGUGACGCGGUGGAAGCCGGCGGAGCAGCCCGCGCCGAACGGUGCGGCCACGGAGGCCGCGCCCGCGCCCGCGGUGAACGGCGUGUCGGCAGAGACGAAGCCCGCGCGAACGGGAACGGUACGCCCUCACCAGCACGAACGGAACCACGCCCUACGCACGAAACGGCACCCCCGCGUCCCCCGCCACAACCCCCGCCCGCGAAAUGGAGAAAGAAAAGCCGAGCCGGAUGCGCUUCCCCUCCCUCUCCGCGCGGCGCUCGCAGCGCUCCGCCUCCAGCGCGAACACCUCGCUCACCUCGCUCGGCGACUCCGCCACGCCCCCCGCGUCGCCGCAGCGCAGUCGCCCAGGACGCCGGGGACGCCCGGGAAGGAGACGCACGCGAGCAGGGCCGCCGCCGCAGGGG